AUGUCAAUUUUCUGGUCUAUACUGAUUUCUGUACGAUCUGAACAACUGAAUGUAGCUCCGGCAGACCCAGCACAAGUGUCUAGCAGAAGUUCCAAAAGGAAAUCUAGUGAAUUCAAAAAGCUGGUGGAUCGGAAAUACAGCAGCGGUUCACGGAGAAGUUUGGAUGCUAUUUCAGUGUCGAGUUUGGAUUUAUUGGGAACCUCAGGAGGUUGUGUCGUGUUUGCAUAUUUCAUGACGUUUGAUUCUAUAGAUCUCCACGAUGUAUCACUUCCUCAUGUUAAUGAAACCAGAAAUAUUUAUUAUGAAGACGAGCUUGCGAAGAAAGAGAAGGAGAUUCAGGAGAUGAGGAAUUCAUUACAUAAAUUCGAAUAUCGUAUACGUGAGUUAGAGCAGUCGUCGUUAUGCAAAGAUCUUGCAAAUCAUGAACUCCAAGAAAAGUUUAAGGAGCAAAUACGGGUCCUAGAGGGGAGAUUGAAACUCAUAUCAGAUGGUGGAGAACUGGAAUAUCUCCGUAACAUUUUCGUACAGUAUUUAAGCUGUAAUAACAACUCUGGAGCUAAACAUAUUCUAAAAGCUAUUGGAAUGGUUUUGAAACUCAGUCCAACUGAAAUGAAAGCCAUAGAUAAAAAAAUAUUUUAA